AUGAGCUGCUCCCAGAGAUCUUCCAGCUGCCUGCGAGGGGGCAGCGGGGGCAGCCAGCACGGCUCUGCAUCAGCACACAGAUACACCGCGUCCAGGGCGGGCAGCGGGGGCAGCUCCAGGAGCAGCUGCGGGGCGGCGAGCUUUGGGCGGAUGAGGCGCAGCAGCUACGGAGGGGGAAUGAGCAGCGGAACGGGGGGCAGCUCCUAUGCAGGGGGAUGGAGUGCGGGCACCUACGGAGGGACGAUGCGCUGCGGCGGCAUGGGAGGCGGCUUUGGGGCAGGAGGGAGCGGGUUUGGCGCUGGGUACGGAGGGAGCUUUGGCUCGGGCGAUGCUGGGUUCAGCGCUGGCAGCUUUGGUGGCGGUGGCUUUGGUGGAGAGAACAUGGGAAUUCUGUCCAACAAUGAAAAGCUGACCAUGCAGAACCUUAAUGACCGCUUGGCUUCAUACCUGGACAAGGUCAGAAGUCUGGAAAAAGAAAACGCUCGGCUCGAACAAUUGAUCAGGGAGUGGUACCAGAAGCAAGGUCCUGCUGGAAGAAAGGACUACAGCCACUACUACAGCACAAUUGAAGACCUUCAGAAUCAGAUUCUGACUGCGGCUGUGGAGACCAACAAAGUGCUUUUGGACCUGGAUAACACAAGGAUGACUGCAGAAGACUUCAGGACAAAGUAUGAGACCGAGUACGGACUGAGGCAGAACGUGGAGGCCGACAUCAACACCCUGCGGCCCCUGCUGGACAGCCUGACCCUGACCAGGUCUGACCUGGAAAUGCAGGCAGAGUCCCUGAAAGAAGAGUUGAUUGGCCUCAAGAAGGACCACGAGGAGGACAUGAAAUCGCUGCAAGCACAAUCCAGCGGUGAUGUGAAUGUGGAGGUCAACGCUGCUCCAGGAGAGGAUCUGCUGAAAAAACUGAAUGAUAUGAGACAAGAAUAUGAACAAAUCAUCCAGAAAAACCGUGAAGAGGUUGAAAGUUGGUAUGAGAGCAAGAUAGAGGAGGUGAGCCAAAAAGUCCACUCAAGUGGUCAGGAACUGGAAUCAAGCAACCAACAGAUCUCUGUGCUGAGACGUGACUAUCAGGGCCUGGAAAUUGAGCUGCAGUCUGAGCUCAGCAGGGUAGGGGCUUUGCAGUCCAACCUGGAGGACACAGAACGCCGCUACAACAUGCAGCUGCAGCAGAUCCAGGGCAUGAUUGGCCCCUUGGAGGAGGAGCUGGGCAGCAUCCGCUGCGAGAUGGAGGGCCAGAACCAGGAGUACAAGGUGCUGCUGGGCAUCAAGACCCGCCUGGAGCAGGAGAUUGCUCAGUACCGGUCACUGCUUGAGGAAGGACAGCAUGACAUUAGCACCUCGCAGGGAGCAGCCGGUGCUGGAUCUUCUGGAGGACACGGAGGAACGAGUGGUUCUGCACGAGGUGGAAGUGGAGGAGGAAGCAGCUGGUGCUCAGGUGGAGGAAGCAGCGGAGGAUCUGGGGGAAAAACUUCUGGAGGAGGAGGAGGAGGCAGCAGCAGAGGAGGAGGCUGUGGAAAAGCUUCAGGUGGAGGAGGAGGCAGUGGUGGGGGAGAAGGGGGCAAAGGCUGCCUCUCCCGCUCAUCAUCCUCCCAUUCCCAGUCCGGCAGCUCUUGUGAAAGCCCAGGAGGUGCUGAAAACUUGAAGCUCUGCCUGGAAGGGAAUAAAACAUUGGAGAGAGGAGCCACAAUGGAGGAAGUGUCCGAAGCCAUAAAAACUUUGAGAUCACGUAAGGCUUCAGGACCUGACAGCAUCUCAGAUGCCUAAAAAU